AUGACGGAAGCCAGUUACAGGCGAUUGAACACCCAGGCGCUGGAGCUGCCUUCUGCGGGCGAGGAGCUGAGCAUGCUCAUUCUGCUGCCUAAGCCAGCGCUAGAACGCUCACCUGUUGAAAAAAACCUCACUUUUGAGAAAUUCAUAGCCUGGACCACGCCAUACCGGAUGAUAAGUACUGAAGUUCAAGUUUUCCUUCCAAGAUUUCAACUGGAAGAGGGUUAUGACAUGGCACCUGUGCUUCAUUGUUUGGGAAUAGUUGAUGCCUUUCAACAGGAUAAGGCUGACUUUUCGGCAAUGUCAGCAGAGAAAGAGCUGUUUGUGUCCCAGGUGGUGCACAAAAGUUUCGUGGAGGUGAAUGAGGAAGGCACCGAGGGCGCGGCUGCCAUCGACAUGGAUGCUGAGGAAUGGGAGGCGGAUGAAGUGACCAGGCUCUGUGCGGACUGUCCCUUCCUUUUCUUCAUCAGGCACAAUAAAGGCAACUGCGUUCUGUUCUAUGGCAGGUUUUUCUCUCCAUAA